AGUCAACAGGUGUCAAUGGAGAGAAAGCAAAAAUGCCGGUUUUUUGUGCCGCGUGCGGUUGCAAUAAUCGGCGCAGUAUUCAAACCAGAUCGCGUGGGAUUACCUUUCACAAGUUUCCCAGUGAUGCAGGCUUGAGGAGGCAGUGGGAAGUUGCUCUUAGACGGGAGGAUUUUGUUGCGACGGAGACAUCAAAGCUCUGUAGUGAGCACUUCAAACCCGAGGAUUUGGACAGGACGGGUCAGAUUGUCAGGCUAAGAGAUGGUGCGAUCCCAUCCGUCUUCAGCUUCCCAUCUCAUCUCCAAAGACCUGUAGUGACAAGGACUUCAGUAACGCCAAGGAAAGCUGAAGAGAGUCUACCAGUGGACCUUUCUCAGCAUUUCCCUGAAACUGAACCUCAGCCCAGUGAUGACCACUCCUAUGCUUUGCUCAAUUCUCCUACUCAUCUAAAGGCCAGGCUCAAUGAAACUUUGGCUAGAGUGGAGAGUCUAGAGCGGGAGAAGAAAAAUGCAAAGGCCCGAGAACGAAGAGCAAAGAAGAAUGUAAAAAGUCUUCUGGAAGAUCUGAAGAAAAAGAACCUUAUUAAUGAGGAGUUGAAAGAAAGGCUUGAUGUCCACUCAGUGAUGCCUCAGCAGCUGCUGGUGUGUAAAGAAGAGGUUCCC